UCAAGAACCGGAGAGAGAGAGAGUUGCUAUGACUACAGUCAAAUUCAAGUUCGGAGCAAAAGAGACUUGCUGGACAACAUUAGGAGCUUCUAACUUCAACCUAUCUUGCAGGACUUGCGUUCUUUUGCAGCCGCGCCCAUAAGAAAGGCAGAAACCGAUGGCAGUGAAGUGGGAGGUGUUGCUGGUGACGCUUGUCGCCGUUUUGGCGGGAGUUGUCAUGGCUGCAGUCCCCGGACCGAAAGAUCCCCGCUAUCCUGAUUACAUUGUUCAUCCUAAAGUCAUCUGCACCCAGGAAGGUGUGUUUCCUCACCCAAGAAACUGCAGUUGGUUUUACAGGUGCGUUGACCGCAUGAAGGUUGGUUUCUAUCACAUUUACUACUUUGAAUGCGAACCUGGAACUGUUUUUGCGGAUGAAUUAGACCAGUGUGUCUUCCCUUUCCUCACUGACAAACCGUGUGGCACUGGUCCGGUAGUGACAACUGUGAUUGUUGGAUCAUCUACGCAAUUUGCUGUUAGUCCUGUCAACACUGUGCAAUUACCUCCAAAAACUAUAUAUAGUGCAGUCCCAUCCACAAUAGUUAUAACAGCUCCACCAACAACUGCUAUUGUUCCCGGAGAAUUGACUACAGUUUUUGGAGGGCAGGUUACUACUGUUAUUCCUCAACCAGUGCAGAAUUCCCCCACUACUGUAAUUGUGGGAGCUGUUACCAGUAUUGUGUACACCACAGUCACUCUAACUCCCCUAUUGCCUAUAACAGUAACAAGUCAAGUUAAUUCUCUUAUAGUAAAAACAGGAAUUCCAACAACAGUCAUAGCUCCACCGACAAUAUCCACAGUUAUUCCAGGGCAAAUAACAACAGUCGUUCCCUACAACUCGGCAACAUUGACAACAGUAAUUGUUGGAACAUCUACAAAUAUUGUAACAUAUCCUGUCUCUACAGUUACCUUGCCUCCAAUAAUCACCACAGGCCAAGUUCCAGCAGUGACAGUACUGACAGGUUUACCAAAGACAGUUAUAGCUCCACCAACAGUCUCAACAGUUAUUCCAGGACAAGUUACCACAAUAUAUCCUGCAACCCAACCACCAACACUAACAACUGUGAUUAUUGGAACAUCUACAAAUAUUGUAACAUAUCCUGUCUCUACAGUUGCCUUGCCUCCAAUAAUCACCACAGGCCAAGUUCCAGCAGUGACAGUACUGACAGGUUUACCAAAGACAGUUAUAGCACCACCAACAGUCUCCACAGUUAUUCCAGGACAAGUUACAACUGUGUAUCCAGCAACCCAACCACCAACAAUAACAACUGUGAUUAUUGGAACAUCUACAAAUAUUGUAACAUAUCCUGUCUCUACCGUAGCCUUGCCUCCAAUAAUCACCACAGGCCAAGUUCCAGCAGUGACAGUACUGACAGGUUUACCAAAGACAGUUAUAGCACCACCAACGGUCUCCACAGUUAUUCCAGGACAAGUUACAACAGUGUAUCCAGCAACCCAACCACCAACACUAACAACUGUGAUUAUUGGAACAUCUACGAAUAUUGUAGCAUACCCUGUCUCUACAGUUCCCUUGUUUCCAACAACUAUCACAAGCCAAGUCCCAGCAGUCACAGUUUUAACUGGCAUUGCAACAACUAUCAUAGCACCACCAACUGUUUCUACUGUUAUUCCAGGACAAGUGACUACAGUCUAUCCAGCAAACCCUCAGGUUUUAACGACGGUUAUAGUACAUACUACAACUAUUGUUGUUCAAACGCCAGUCAGUACUCUCCCUCUCCCACCAGUUACUGUCACCAGCCAAGUGGAGAGGACAUCAAUAAUCCUAGGCUUCCCAACAACUGUAAUUGCUGGAACUCUUAGCACUGUUGUUUCGGGGCAGAUGACCACAGUCGUUCCUUUCCCUGUUGUAGCCCCUACGUCUACUCUUCCACCUAUCACAACAACAGCACGACCUGAUCCAAACCAACCAUCAACACUGACAACUGUGAUUAUUGGAACAUCUACAAAUAUUGUAACAUAUCCUGUCUCUACAGUUGCCUUGCCUCCAAUAAUCACCACAGGCCAAGUUCCAGCAGUGACAGUACUGACAGGUUUACCAAAGACAGUUAUAGCACCACCAACAGUCUCCACAGUUAUUCCAGGACAAGUUACAACUGUGUAUCCAGCAACCCAACCACCAACAAUAACAACUGUGAUUAUUGGAACAUCUACAAAUAUUGUAACAUAUCCUGUCUCUACCGUAGCCUUGCCUCCAAUAAUCACCACAGGCCAAGUUCCAGCAGUGACAGUACUGACAGGUUUACCAAAGACAGUUAUAGCACCACCAACGGUCUCCACAGUUAUUCCAGGACAAGUUACAACAGUGUAUCCAGCAACCCAACCACCAACACUAACAACUGUGAUUAUUGGAACAUCUACGAAUAUUGUAGCAUACCCUGUCUCUACAGUUCCCUUGUUUCCAACAACUAUCACAAGCCAAGUCCCAGCAGUCACAGUUUUAACUGGCAUUGCAACAACUAUCAUAGCACCACCAACUGUUUCUACUGUUAUUCCAGGACAAGUGACUACAGUCUAUCCAGCAAACCCUAAGGUUUUAACGACGGUUAUAGUACAUACUUCAACUUAUGUUGUUCCAACGCCAGUCAGUACUCUUCCUCUCCCACCAGUUACUGUCACCAGCCAAGUGGAGAGGACAUCAAUAAUCAUAGGCUUCCCAACAACUGUAAUUGCUGGAACUUUUAGCACUGUUGUUCAGGGGCAGAUGACCACAGUCGUUCCCUUCCCUACGCCUACUCCUACGCCUACUCCUACGCCUACUCCUACGCCUACUCUUCCAACCAUCAUCACAACAGCACCACCUCCGUCUACUCUUCAACCCAUCACAACAACAACAACAACAACAGCACCACCUGAUCCAACGGCUCUGUGUCAAUUCGUUGGAGAUGACUGCAAGACCUACAAUGUCUGUGAACCUGUGAAAGCGACACUGAAUCUCUGCCGUGGAUGCCAUAUUAAUCAAGCAUUUGUUACAGCCUCUGACCUGGGAUGUGUUGGUGGUUUCUUGUAUAAUAAGGAUGCUAACCGAUGUCAACCUGCACCUAGCAACAGCUCUCUCUGUCCCGUCGGAGGAUCAGUGGAUGUCACCGGAACCUACAGUUUUCGCUGUAGUGCAGACAAGACUCGCCCGAACGAACCUUGGAUAAGAAAACAGUUCUGUGAUCCCUACGUAUUGUGUAAUCGUGAAGGUCUUUUCCAGGGAACCAAAUCAUUAUGCACAAACUUCUACCAGUGUUACCAGACUGCAUCCGGAGGCUGGACGUCGGAGCUGAGGAACUGCAUUGGGGAAAGCCUGUACAGUUUCGAGGAGGACAGAUGCGUCCCCAAGCCUAAACCGGAAGAAUUGUGUUUCUCCUAAACCUGCGAUAAAGAGAGGCACGACGGAGAAGAUAUCAGAAGCCUGAGAGUAACCAAAGGAUUGGAAUCUGAACAAAAAUUUGUAUUCUCUCAUCAGAAUAUUCUGAUUAUUUUUAUAUUUAUAUUUAGCUUCUUCUUCUUCUUCUUCUUCUUCUUCUUCUUCCAAGCCUUGUUGUCUUUUAUUCUUCAUUCUUGCUAUUUCAGCUUACAGUGCAUUAUUUUUUUUCUUUGAUUGAGAAGUCUGGUUGCGAAAAUGGACAACCAAAUCAUUGUACGAGACAAUAUAUUCUUUUAAUCUCUGUAAAAAUAACGAGUCUGAAAAGUUCAUUCAUAAAUUACGGCUAUUUAUCUUUUUUAUUAGAAAAUAUUUUUAAAAAGCAUCAAGUUAAAUUUGCUGAUUAUAGGCAAUUUUUUUUAGUUCAUCAACCAGAAAUAGUUUUUCAAUACUAAACUCAUAAUUGUUUUUAUUAAUGUGUUUAUUAAAGAAUUAUUAAAAAAACAUUAUUAAGGGAAAUUUGCUGGUUAUAGGCAAUUUUUUCUUUCGUCAAUCAGAAAUAAUCAUCUUAUGGACACAAAACUCUUGAUAGCAAAAAUAGUACGGCUGUGUUGAUAGCACCAAAAUUAUAUCCUCUCUCUCUCUCUCUCUCUCUCUCUCUCUCUCUCUCUCUCUCUCUCUCUCUCUCUCUCUAAAAAUGUAUUAGUACCUGCUGACUAAACUUUAUUCUAAGAAAAUUGUUGUACAUAACAAUCGAUGUAUUGGUUAUAAUUUCAAGUUGCGGUUAUUGUUGUUUUUUUGUUAUUUGUUUAACAGUUACAGACGCACCACGUAUAAAAGAAAUAUUAUCUUCAGUUAAAUGGAAAACCUCAGUCGCUGACGCAUUUUUCAUCAACUGACGUAUAACCUCCUUACCUUACUGACUUUGUUACUCUUAAUUUAUUUAUCUUUGUUUGAAGUUUUUUUUCUUACACACAAAAAACCCUAUUGUUUUUAACUUGUUAUUGAACUGAAACUGAAAGUGAUGUUGAUUAUGUUUUCUAUCGGUUUAAUUGUUACGUUUAUUUAUUUAUUUAUGUGAAUGUACUGACUACUUUGCUCAUGAAAAAAUACUCCUAUUUAAACUGGGCAUCUCCGACCUUUCAAACUGUGACGUCAGGUCAGUCGUAAAAUAAAACUGUACUUCAAAGCACAUGUACCAUAAUCAUCUUGAAUCAUUAGGAAGUUAAUUUAUGUUUUAUUUAUUGUUCGUCUUGUCCCCAAGGGCGUUCAGAUUGUACGCCAGUGUUUUCUGUUAUUCAGAAAAGAUAUUUUCACGCAUUCUUCCGUUAUUGUUGUCUUAGUUGGGCAUCUGCGAUGCAACCCGAAGUGCCUGUUGCAUGUUAUUUAUACUCUGUAAUAAUAAAAGUGCCAAUCUA